ACCAUCUCAACGCGGCUAGUUGAAUUCCGCACGCAGUGAGUCCAUCAUCGUUGGGGAAUGUGUACUCCAGGCUCUUGAGGAGAAAAAAAAAAGUCGUUGGUACAAGUGCUUCAAUUGUAUGCGACUCUGCACUUGACGCAAAUGCGCUGGGUUUUUUUUUCUCCUCUUUCAAUUGGAAAUGUGAAAACUGUGGCUUCGUUUGAGUGAAGGCGACGAGUGGUUAAAAGUUUUAUGGGCAUUUUAAGUGUUAGUGGUGUGUAUUGUAUGCCCUCCAGGCGAUUCAGGUGAUUCAGGACCAGGACUCUUCAAACUGACACGUCAGCUCGAGCACUAAGUAAUCGUCGAAAGAGAGGUUGCUCGAGAAAAAUCUGCGCUUCGAGGAUUGUGAGCUGAAUUCCGAGUUUGGUGAGAGCACAAUUCUGUGUUUUGUGAGCGACGCGAGGUGACGCAACGAGCGAUUUAAAUUUCGGGGGCCCAUCGCUCAUCUACUCCCGGGUAGAUUGUCAAAUCGAAUGGAAGGCAAUUACCUGAUUGCUCAUGAUUCCUCUGAGCGUUCGAGCUCGAUCUACUUGAACAUGCUCUCAUGAUGAUGUUGCUCAAGGGAAUGAGAACCACUGGUAGGAAUUUCUGGUUCAACUGCCGACUGUCAGCCGAGCUUAUGAAUGGAUAAUAUUUUAGUGAUACUCCACUGAUAUCGGUGUUUAGUGUUGUGCCAGUUGAAGAUUCGAAUGAUGACCAUGUUUGGGACACUCGUGCAGAGGCUCACAUCGCCGGUGACGUCUCCAACAAGCUCUAGGAGACGCUUUAAGUCGCCCUCGAGGUGGGAAGUGCAGAGUGAUCCUGAGGAUGAUGGGGCUACCACGGUUAGGAAGUCGAGGGCUAAACAUUUGCUCGAUAAGAGGAAGAGCAAGAGCCGCGGGAGAGGACUUAAUGCUGGUGAGUCGAGGCUCUGUCCUACGGCGCCUAUUGCCGGUAGCUGGUGCGAAAAUGGUUUCCCACUGAGAGGGACCAAGAGCCUGGGGAGACUCGACGGAAUGAAAGAGGUUCAGAGGCUUGCAGAAUAUGAGAGAUACUUGGGCCACGAAAGCCGUGAUUUAUCGUUGUCAAGUACAAAUAUAACAAGUGGAGUGGCUCGUGGACAGUUGGAGGGUGACCUUCAUCGUAUCCAGGAUCUUUUUCCCAACGACAACUUGAGACUACAUGAGAGGGACGUACUUACUACGAAACCGAAGAGCCUGGUGAGAAAGCGAAAUGGGACGAAUGCAAACAGGUUGAGUCGAGCUUUAUCCCAAAAAAAUCUUCAGAAUAUUGAAGCAUCGACUUCAGUGCCGAAGUCACCGCCCAGAAAAUUUCUCCUCGAAACUCCAGUGCAAUUCACAACGGGAAUGCAGUCACAAGACAGACAUCUAUUUCUAUUUUCUGAUCUUCUCCUUGUCGGAAAGUCUCGAAGUGGUGGAACAUUCAAACUCAAGCAGACGGUUAAAAUGUCUGAGCUUUGGAUAACAGCGGGACACAUCGAGGAUGUCGCUGAGACAAAUAAAUCCCAGGAAACGAGUUUUGUUCUUGGUUGGCCAACGACAAACGUUGUUGCCACAUUUAUGACGGCCGCGGCUAGAGAUCUCUGGUGGACUAAGCUCACGGAAAUUAUCCGGGGGGAGAGCAUUAAAGAGCCAGCGGAUACUAACAUACAAGUGGUUUAUCACGACAGUGAUACAAACACCGAAUAUUGCAAGACAAUAAUGGUGGACUCUGAGAUGACAGCCUCAGCCUGUGUAAACCUGUCAACACGCCUCCUGGACCUGCAGGGUUCCUUUCAACUCUGGGCUCGGACAUCUCUGGACGAGGCACCCUACCCCUUAAUCGGACAGGAGCGCCCGUUCGCCAUAAAACUCUCAAAUCUCCGUCACACCCUGUCCGCCGAAGAAGGCUUUGACCUCGAGCAUUGCAACAAGAGUAACCAUGACACUUGUCAAUUCAUUCUCCGUCCAGUUCUGAAGUCACCCCUGAAGAAAAGUAAAUCAAAGAUCUCCGGCCUCCUCCGCAGAUCUCUCUCCUUGAACCCAAACAUCUUCGGCGUAAAUCUGUCCCGACUAGAGGAGAACGGCCUCCCGAAGCCAGUUCUGAUGAUGCUGCAGCAGCUCUUUGCAAAGGGCCCCUUCAUCCAGGGAAUUUUCAGGAAAUCAGCGAACGUGAGGAUCGUCCGGGAGCUGCGAGACCAAAUAGAGUCAACAGGGGACUCGAGUUGUCUCGAAGAUGCUCCAAUAAUAGCAGUCGCUUCACUCCUCAAAGACUUUCUGCGGUCCCUUCCAGAUCCCCUCCUGACAUCUCACCUGUUCCCCCUGUGGAUGGCAGCCCUGGACACCUCUAACUCAGUCCAGACCAUCAAGAGUAUCCUUGACAGGCUCCCCAAAGCCAACUACAACCUUCUCUCCCAUUUGAUAUGCGUUCUCCACCACAUCGCAAGGAGAGCUAAGCACAAUCUGAUGUGCGCCAGUAAUUUAGGCGUUUGCUGUGGACCAAGUCUUCUGUGGUCUCCAAGUCCGACUGUCAACCAGAGUCGAGCGAUUCCAGCCCUUACUGAAGUCCUCAUUAGAAAUUGUGAAGGACUGUUUGGUGAUGGUGUGACGCAACUCUUGGGGGAGGAGCGGAGCGACAGCGGCGCUGAGGAGAGCACAGAUAGCCUUCAUUCUGGAGGACUGUCUCUGGACAGUCUGGACCUGACGGAGCCACCCAGGAAGGACCAUAUGUCCCUAUCGAGGGACUCUGGACUGACGCUGUCAGACUGCCAGCUGUUCAUUCCUGAGUCACCAGUCAGCUCUGAGGACCUGGCUGUCAGCGCCUCAACGUCUUUUGACAAGUCCAAUGAAAAGGACAAGUCCACCAUGAAGUCUUACGUCCGGGUGUACAGCGGUGGCUGGGACGAUCGUCUUCACGCUUACUCAAGUCCACAGGGUGAUCAUUUCGAUGCCGAGAAACAGAAUUACUCGACCUCUAAUCCAAACUUUCAGAGGCAAGACUGGCUGAGGGCGCAGUUAAAGAGAACUUCGAGAAAUGCCAAGUUGGAGGAGGAGCACAGGAAGGAGGGCAGGUUUGAUGAUAAGGAGGUUUAUGGGAGAGAUUAUAGGCAGAGUAUACUCAAGGACAACAUCGACAGCUGCAAGGAAAUUGUCUUUAGACAAACGAAGCAUGUGAAGAACAGUGGCGACACGGAUUUCAACAAAAAGGAGAUGCUGUUAGACUUCAAGAAAAGGGCAGCAGAGAUGUACAGCACGAGGGCAUCCCCAGUGUCGCAGAAUGAGGGCUACAGCUCCAAUGGAGAGAUUUAUGACUUCAAGAAGGUGAAGAAUGAGAUCUAUAUCAGUCUCAAUAAGGACAGGAGGGUCGAUCGAUAUGAGCGGGACAAUAUCUAUGGGAAUAGAGAGACUUUGGGGGAGGGAUAUGAGAGGACAGAUAUUUAUAAUUUUAAACAGGUGGAGACCAGUGACACUGGUGAGGAGAGUGAGAGGACGUGGAUGCCAGAGACACCACCUCCGUUGCCACCGAGGUUGAAGCAUCUGCCGCCGGUUCAUAUGAGUCUUGAGGACAGACAUAGAAUUGCUGGGAGAUCCAAGUCAUUACCACCACCACCGCCUUACAGACCUCCUCCACAACCCAGAGCGCCUAUUACUAGCAGACACUUGGGGUAUUCCAGAUCUGUUGUUGAUGAUGAAAGCUAUGUUUGAGAUGGGGGAGUUUUUGCAGAUGGGGAUAGGGUAUGGGGAUAGGGGUUGUUGGUAUGGACGCGCCUGGGGUGGGAGAUAUUUUGAGAGAAUUGAAAGACUUCUAGGAAUUUCAAGGCAAUUCGGAGUCUCUAAAAAAUGGAAGGAGGUUUAAGGAGUUCCUGGAACUUUGGAGGGAAUUCUGGUAGGGUCUAAAAAUCACGAAGAUUUCGGGGAUUUCCUAAAAGAUUAGAGCAAAGGGUUUCUGAGAAAUGCCACAGAGAAAGAUCGUAGACGUAUUCUCGUACAAUAACUUGCCAUAAAGGUCACUUCUGGAUAAAAAAAAAUUCAAACUCCAGCGAAGACCUUCAAUAUGGCACGAGCGGCCCCCGGAUUCUGCAGUAACGACGCAGGCGCACUAAUAAAAUAAUCAUACGCUCAAUGAUCGGAUGGAUCUCGUCAAGAACUUGGUCAUCCUCUCCCACUAAAGAAUAUUUUUAUAAAAAAAUCUCUUUUAACGAUUUUGAAGGAGAAAAAGUUGACGAAUGUUAUUAAAGAUAGUAUAAACGUAUUGUUCGUUGGAAACUACUCUCAUCUUAUCACAGAUUAUUUUUCUACUAUUUGCAUUAUAUCAAGUGCGUUUAUACCUAGUCUGAAUUACUGUUACUCUUUAUUUUUAGGUGAAUAUGAUCGAUCGAAUGCGAGUUUGAUGUUGAUGUUAUUCAUGUAGAUGUUGAUUCUUUUCCCACGUGAGAUUGAAAUAAUUCAUUUGAUUAUUGUGUAUAUUUGUUUCGGGUGCUUCCAUAAGACUUGAAAUUCUCAUAGUUAUUUUUUAAGGGUUAAUUUUUGCCAAUAAUAUUACUGAUGAAAAAUGAUAACUGCUUCAGCGAAGACCAAACUUAUGAAAAUCGUUGAAUAUUUUUACAGUAAGAAUCAUCCGUACGAUUGCAAUUGACACAUUGCAGCUCAAGUUUCAUGUUAACAAUAUUAUUAAAAAUGUUAAUAUUUUAUCUGCAGCAGCUGAUGUAAGAGAUUCAAUAUUCAAUGCGCAACAUGACAUUAACUAUUACCGUAUUAUCACGGGAAAUUUAUGGGAACAAUAAAUUCCCGUUUCUGAAUGUUACAGUAAUGAAAAGAUAUUCCUAAGCAAUGUACAUACCAUAAUGAUCAUGAUAUUUUUUAUCAUUAUUAUUUUUAUCAUGAGCGUUUACAUAAAUAAAUGAAUUUAUAAUUA